GCAUGACUUCUAUAAAUGUGAGGUGUUGGGCCCCACUAAGGUCCGCCUUAACCGCCCUCCCCUCCUCCUCCUUCUCCUGGCCCUGAGCAACCUACACCCACCCCCACCCGCUUAUGUGUGGAGGUUCAAGGUCCGUGAAACCUACUACCAGAACGGCAAACAAGUCGCCCGGCAGCAGAACCCAGACAGGUGUAAUCAAGAUGUCAACACCUAUGGGGGUUGCCACUGGAGAGACUGUGUCAUACUACACCGCAGCCAGUCUCAGCAAGGCCAGCCUGGGUACCUUCUUUUGGUGCAACGGCACCUUAAGCAACUGCAUGAACUCCUCUGACCCCAGGCCUUGCUUCGUGGUCACAGUAGUUCCCCGACUAACCUUGUAUGGAGAGUUGGAGCUCGCCUGGCUGCUCCCUCCAUCCCAUCCCUGGACCCGCAGGGCCGCCUUUCUCCCUAUCAUGUUAGGGGUGAGCAUCGAUGCCUCAAUAGACCUCACCGGGGCCCUCGGGAACAGUCUGGUCACUGCUCAGUACUUUAAUGACAAGCUCCAGUUAGCCCUGGAGUCUACUACCGCCUCUUUUUAGCCUCCCUACAGUGGCAAGUGACAUCAAUAGCCCAGGUAGCCCUACAGAACCAGUGUACCUCAGACCUUCUGACUGCAGAAAAAGGAGGAACCUGCAUAUUCCUUCAGGAAGAAUGCUGCUACUACAUCAACGAGUCCGGAGUAGUGGAACAAAACGUAAACGUACAGACCCUGACUAAGCUGAGUGAAGAACUACGUGCAAGACACUCCUGGGACAACUCUCCUUUCGGCUGGUUCCAAAGCCCCUUAGCUACCUGGGUCCUACCCAUGAUAGGGCCCCUGAUUCUCAUCUGUGUCUUUUUUCUCCUAGCCCCCUGUCUCUUCAAGUUCAUCCGCUCCCGGGUCACGGAGAUGUCAUGGGUGACUGUGAAUCAGCUCCUGCUCCAUCCCUACACUCGGCUGCCCUCCGAUCUGCCUCUGCCUAACCCUGGCCUUUAAAACGCCCCCCUCGACAUCCCUGGCCAGCUGGAAGUAGUCAGAAUGAGUCGGCGUCCUCUAUCACCAAAAGGCCAGGAUGUUAGGUUGGAGAGAGCCCAGGAUCGGACACAUGCAGACGUGUGA